CCAUUCUCUCUCUCUCUCUAAAUUUUAACACAGACACUAACGAGGCCAGAUCUAUAGAGAAGAACUAAAAACCCUCGUUCUCUCUCUCUCUCUCUCUCCCGAUCUCUCUCUAUACGCGUAUAGAUAUAUACACAAAUAUAUAUGCACACGUAGCAAGACCUGGGAGUGGCGUUGAUUGUGGAUGCUAUAGUGGACGGUUUUGAUUCAAGAUCUGAGUGUUUGGAGUGAAGAUGUUGACGAAGUUUGAGACGAAGAGUAAUCGAGUGAAGGGUCUCAGCUUCCACAGUAAGAGGCCAUGGAUCCUUGCGAGUCUUCACAGUGGUGUGAUCCAGCUAUGGGACUACCGUAUGGGAACUCUGAUUGAUCGAUUCGAUGAGCAUGAUGGGCCAGUCCGUGGUGUUCAUUUUCACAAAUCUCAGCCGCUCUUUGUUUCUGGAGGGGAUGACUACAAAAUAAAAGUUUGGAACUACAAGCUGCAUAGGUGUCUUUUUACACUUCUUGGACACCUUGAUUAUAUCCGUACUGUGCAGUUCCAUCAUGAAAAUCCAUGGAUAGUGAGUGCCAGUGAUGAUCAGACUAUUCGCAUUUGGAACUGGCAGUCACGCACUUGUAUUUCUGUAUUAACGGGUCAUAAUCAUUAUGUAAUGUGUGCUUCCUUCCAUCCGAAAGAAGACCUUGUUGUGUCAGCCUCCCUUGAUCAGACUGUUCGUGUUUGGGACAUUGGUGCCUUGAGAAAGAAAUCUGGAUCUCCUCCAGAUGACAUGCUGCGAUUGAGUCAGAUGAAUACAGAUCUUUUUGGAGGUGUUGAUGUUGUUGUUAAGUAUGUUUUGGAGGGUCAUGAUCGAGGUGUCAAUUGGGCUGCAUUCCACCCCACCCUUCCUCUGAUUGUCUCUGGAGCAGAUGAUCGCCAAGUCAAACUGUGGCGGAUGAAUGACACAAAAGCUUGGGAAGUAGACACAUUGAGAGGGCACAUGAAUAAUGUUUCAUGUGUAAUGUUCCAUGCCAAACAAGACAUAAUUGUUUCCAAUUCAGAAGAUAAAAGUAUCCGUGUCUGGGAUGUAACAAGGCGAACUGGGGUUCAAACAUUCCGGAGAGAGCAUGAUCGCUUCUGGAUUCUUGCAGCUCAUCCUGAGAUGAAUCUGUUGGCAGCAGGUCAUGACAGUGGCAUGAUUGUCUUUAAGUUAGAGAGGGAGCGACCGGCUUUUGCAGUUAGUGGUGAUAGUCUUUUCUAUGUUAAAGAUCGAUUCUUGCGGUAUUACGAGUUUUCAACUCAAAAGGAUACACAAGUUGCUCCGAUUAGACGCCCUGGUUCCACUAGUUUAAAUCAAAGUCCUAGAACUCUCAGUUAUAGUUCUACUGAAAAUGCUGUUCUUAUAUGCAUGGAUGCUGAGGGGGGUUCUUAUGAAUUGUAUUCCAUACCAAAGGACAACAUUAGUAAGGGUGAUAAUGUACAAGAUGCAAAGAGAGGUGUUGGAGGAUCGGCUGUUUUUGUGGCUCGUAAUAGGUUUGCUGUUCUUGACAAAAGCAGCAACCAAGUUCUGGUUAAGAAUCUGAAAAAUGAGGUUGUAAAGAAGAGUGUCCUUCCAAUAGCUACUGAUGCUAUAUUCUAUGCUGGAACUGGUAACUUGUUGUGUAGAGCAGAAGAUAGAGUGGUUAUUUUUGAUCUCCAGCAGAGGCUUGUACUCGGUGAUCUUCAAACUCCCUUUGUCAAGUAUGUUGUUUGGUCUAAUGAUGCUGAAAAUGUUGCAUUGCUUAGCAAGCAUGCCAUUAUAAUUGCUAGCAAGAAGCUUGUGCACCAAUGUACUAUGCAUGAAACGAUUCGUGUAAAGAGUGGUGCUUGGGAUGACAAUGGGGUAUUUAUUUACACUACUUUAAAUCAUAUUAAGUAUUGCCUGCCAAAUGGAGAUAGUGGAAUCAUCAGAACCCUUGAUGUUCCAAUAUACAUAACAAAGGUUUCUGCAAAUACCAUAUUUUGCCUGGAUCGAGAUGGGAAGAACAGAGCCAUAGUUAUUGAUGCAACAGAGUAUAUUUUCAAGCUGUCCUUAUUGAAGAAAAAAUAUGAGCAUGUUAUGACCAUGAUAAAGAACUCACAACUCUGUGGACAGGCAAUGAUUGCUUAUCUUCAGCAGAAGGGGUUUCCUGAAGUUGCUCUCCAUUUUGUGAAAGAUGAGAAAACUCGUUUCAAUUUGGCUUUGGAGAGUGGGAAUAUUCAAAUAGCUGUUGCUUCAGCCACUGCAAUUGAUGAGAAAGAUCAUUGGUACAGAUUGGGGGUGGAGGCUCUGCGUCAGGGCAAUGCAGGUAUUGUGGAAUAUGCCUAUCAGAAGACAAAAAAUUUUGAGAGGUUAUCUUUCUUGUAUCUUGUAACUGGUAACACAGACAAGCUAUCCAAGAUGCUGAAAAUUGCUGAGGUUAAAAAUGAUGUCAUGGGUCAGUUCCAUAAUGCUUUGUAUUUGGGUAAUGUUCGCGAACGCAUUAAAAUCUUGGAGAAUGUUGGCCACCUGCCACUUGCUUACAUCACAGCUUCAGUUCAUGGACUACACGACAUUGCUGAACGUUUAGCUGAACAAUUGGGAGAUAAUGUUCCAUCUUUGCCAGAAGGGAAAGUACCUACCCUUAUGAUUCCCCCUACUCCUGUCAUGUGUGGUGGUGAUUGGCCACUUCUAAGGGUAAUGAAAGGCAUUUUUGAUGGGCAUUUGGAUAACUUCGGCAAGGGAUCUGCUGUGGUUGAAGAAGAGGAUGAGGCUGCUGAUGGUGACUGGGGUGAAGAGCUUGACAUGGUUGAUGUUGAUGGCUCACCGAAUGAUGUCACUGCAAUAUCUGAAGAUGGAGAGGCUACUGGAGAAAAUGAUGAAGAGGGAGGAUGGGACCUUGAAGAUUUGGAGCUACCCCCGGAAGCAGACACCCCAAAGGCUGCCAAUGCACGCUCGUCAGUUUUUGUUGCUCCAACACCUGGCAUGUCUGUGAGCCAGAUCUGGGUCCAGAAAUCAUCUCUUGCUGCUGAACAUGCAGCAGCUGGAAACUUUGACACCGCAAUGCGGUUGCUUAACAGGCAACUUGGAAUUAAGAACUUUGCUCCAUUAAAAUCCAUGUUUCUUGAUCUGCAGACUGGCAGCCAUUCCUAUCUUCGUGCAUUUUCAUCUGCUCCAGUGAUACCUUUGGCAGUUGAACGUGGGUGGAAUGAAUCUGCCAGCCCUAACGCAAGAGCCCCUCCAGCCCUUGUCUACAAUUUCUCUCAAUUGGAAGAGAAGCUCAAACUAGGAUACAAGUCUACAACUGGUGGGAAGUUUACUGAGGCUCUCCGUCUCUUCAUCAGCAUUCUCCAUACAAUUCCUUUGAUUGUUGUUGAAUCAAGGAGGGAAGUUGAUGAAGUUAAGGAGUUGAUAAUUAUCGUGAAAGAGUAUGUGCUAGGUCUGCAAAUGGAGCUGAAGAGGAAGGAACUAAGAGACGAUCCAGUCCGCCAGCAAGAGCUUGCAGCCUAUUUUACCCACUGCAACCUUCAACUGCCUCACUUAAGGCUCGCCUUGCAAAAUGCAAUGACUAUUUGCUUCAAAGCAAAGAACCUUGCUACUGCUGCCAACUUUGCCAGGCGGCUUUUGGAGACCAACCCCCCUAACGAGAACCAAUCUAGGACAGCCAGGCAAGUGUUGCAGGCUGCUGAGAGGAACAUGACCGAUGCUUCAGAGCUGAACUAUGACUUCAGAAACCCGUUUGUGAUUUGUGGUGCAACAUACGUACCAAUCUACCGGGGACAAAAGGAUGUUUCUUGCCCGUAUUGUACUUCGCGGUUUGUACCAAGCCAGGAAGGACAUCUCUGUACUGUUUGUGAUCUUGCAGUUGUUGGAGCUGAUGCUUCUGGGUUGCUGUGCUGCCCUGCUCAGAUUCGAUAAACUACUGGACCAGAAGAAUUUUUCGACCAUUUUUUUUCCUGCUCAUCAUCAUCCUUCUGGCAGCCGGGGCAGUGGCGCGGUCUCAUUCAUAUCUGCCGGUGAAAGGUAAGAAAUACUAUAGAAGAGUUAAAUUUCGAAUGAAUCAUUGGUGCUUAAUCUCGCUUUUUUUUUUCUUCCUUAUCUUUUUUGGUUUUACUUUUCCUUACCUAUGGGAUUAUCCUUUAAUUAGUUGAUUAUGAUUUCCAAUGUAAUAAAAGUUUCAGAAUUUUGUUAUAGGCUAUUCUUGUUAGUUGUUCAUAAGCAAGAAUGGUCAACUCUUUUAUAAUUAGAUGGAAGGUUAUAGGCAGGACAUUUUUAUCACUGUAAGCAAAAUUUGCGUAUUUCCUAUGAUGAUUUGUGUUACCAAUU